AAGACUUGCUCGCUGUGCCCUUACUUCACAUUUUUCUACUUUUUUGAUACAAAUUCUCGUUGCAUGGCCCCUUUUCUGGCCUAAAACCCUCAAAAAUGGACAUAUCUGCCGACUCCUCAUUCGAAACCAUCGAUCUUCUGACAGAAUCCAGUUCCAACGAUUCCCUGCCCGAUCUCCAGAGCGACAUGGAAUGCAUAAAACUCAACAGUUCCUCCUCAUCGGCCGCCUCAACGCCCAAUCACUCCCCAGCUGGCACUGAAAAACGUGAAAAUUGCAUUCGCCGCUCAAGUCGUGCCACAACGAGCAACGCCACAAAAGCUCUCGACGCUCAACUCCACAAAAUCAAAAGACGAACGAUCGCGAAACCACGACGCCUGGAUCCCUCGACGCUCGCGUCAGAUGUGAGCGAAAAACUGAUCGAAAAGCUCUACACAAACAAGAAAUUGACAAAAGUGAAGCCCACGAAUCUCGAGACAAUUUUCGAGGAGCCCAAGGAAAAUGGGAAAAGUCGAGCUGUGACGUACGUGAGUGCGACAAAAUUCCGUCGCGCGAUUAAUUUUAAGGAUCAUCUGGCGAAAGACAAGCAAAAAGUGCAGGCGCGUCGCAAACGGAUCAAGAGACUUUUUGGUUCGGCGCACAAACUGAAGAAAGUGAGCAUGGAAGCGUUCAUGGAACAUCUUAAAACGCUGGCGGGCGACGACGACGCCGACUGAAAAUGCCUUCGACUUAUUAUUUUGACAAAUCUAUUUUAGUUUUCUCUUGUAUUUUGUAUAAUAUAAUUAAUAUAGUAAGAUUUAAAGAAUGAAUUUC